AUGGACGAACUUUGUCUAUAUCGUGUUCGGAGCAGUCUUGCUGCUCGCGACACUGUACCAAUAUGUACGACCAUCCUAUAUGCCGAACAGUGGAACCGCAUCCUCAAUGUCAUAUUCUUUGCACAGCAACUCCCUCCAAGUGGAAGCGGAGUCUCUUUGUCCAUUCCAAACUUGACAUUGGGCGGCUGGGCGACCUUGAUGGUAUUCGCAACGGUGUCGAGCCAACUUCCGUUCGCGUUCUUAUUCCUCGCUAUCGUCAACGUUUUGCAAUCUCGGUGGUACGCAUUCGUGCAAGAGACGACUGGAUCCAAAGUUGUACCCGUUAGCCCCAGCUCCCCCAAGAAGAGCACGAAAGCGGAUGACCAAACCUUGCACAAGUUUCCCGCCUUUUUAGGAUGGAAGGGUAAAGAAGGGGCUUCCUUCUUUAUCGCCUUCAUCCUCGUCUUUUUGACUCUGGUCUCCAAAUUGACCAUGGCCAUUGGUCUCAAGAUGGUAUCUGAUGAUCAUGACAAGCCCGCUGUAUUGAACCAGUACAACACGAUCGUAAAAACUGUCACCUUUUUCGAUGGUGUGGUCAGCGCGUUCGUGGCGAUUGCUGUGAUGGAUGUUUCUGCCUCUAGCUUUUGCUUGAAGAGGGCGAUGAAGCGUGAAGGAUAUAUGGACUCUACCGUCAUCACCUCCUCUUUCCAUACCAUUGGCAACCCAGAUCAAGUCACCCUCGCCAAAGUGGACCUCGCCGCACUUGUGAUCACCUUAUUCAUGGUCGCGUUCUCCAUCAUCCUCUUGCUAUCACUCUACCGCAGCCCCUCUCGUUGGAACUUGUGGAGACCUGGAGGUGACCGCGUCGCCAUCCGAAUGGACACACUCAACGACCCACGUACACCUCAAGCGCGCGAUAUCGACGACGACGCUGCUUCCGAAAUUACACUCACUCCCGAUAUUGUGCCCCCACCACGGGUGCCGUCGAUACAAAUGUUGUGGGGACGAAUUCAUCUCAGGUCCUCGCGCUGUGGCUUUCACUCCACUUGGUUGCAGGACACUUUUUACUUCCAAUACUUGCUUUCACCUUUAUUUUCCUCUCGAAAAGGCCUCCAACUCUUGUCAAUCUUUGCUUCUCAGGAAUAUUUACUAGCAUAUGCGCAUGCACCCUGUACGUCUCGUGCCAUUUUAGUUCACCAAUACGCCGGGAACAGCGCUUACACUGACUAUAUCAGUCUCUACUCUGGAAAACAACUCGGUCCAGAACCCCCAUUCAAUCUCUGUCUCGUCCAGGGUUCGCUCUACUAUGGCACAUUGCCUCUAGCUGCUACCAGCUCGCUCGCCAUUGUGUAUCAAGUAUGGAGCACUGUUUAUCCUUUUGCACCAAAAGAUAAUACCGUGACACGAAUAUGGCAGACCUUGAGACCUGUCGUGCUUUUGGGUGGACCGUGGAUUUCUUGGCUUUUUUGGGCCACUGCUGCUGCCUGGACGAUACCUCAGCACCCGAGCAAGCUCUCGCGGAACCGCC